AUGUGGUUGUUCAUUACUGUAUUACUUGUUGUUAUCUCAGCAGAAGUUAAUAGGACAAACGACGAGAAGAUAACAAAUGAGGAGGACGAAUCAGAUGAGGAAGAUUCAGAAGAGGAGCAAUACGAUGAUGACGAUGAGGAAGAAUUUGAAAAAGAUGAGAAGGACAGUUUAACGGAUGGUAUUAUUAAAUCUGAAAAUCAAUCUGAAUCACAUCCUCCAGCAUUUGGACCGAGAAGUACCAAUGUAAUAAAGCUUUCGUAA